AUGGAGAACUUCGGGUUUUCCACCAUAAACCGGGGCUGGGGGAAUAUUUUUGGCUCCGAUUCCAAGAAAGAGAAAGAUGACCUCCAACCCACUGGGCCGCGAAUGACUGCUGUGGAAGUUCCGAUCCUCCACAACUUAGAAGAGUAUGAGUGGCUCCACGGUCAUUUCACUGUUCGGUACAUUAUCCAGGAGGUGUCAUCGGAGGAUAGCUACGAGCCUUCUUACCUUGUCAAGCUAGAAAGCCGUGAGACCGAAGUGAUAUCCUCCUCGCGCCUACAAGAGCUUGAAAAUGGCCCAGAAGCGCUUGAGACUUUCCAGAACUCGCGCGUUCGGUACCGUGCACCUACCAGUGAGUCUGAGUCCGAAAGCGAAGAAGAGGAGGACGUGGAAAGCAGCCCCUCCGAGCCCGAAUCCGAGGAAAUCAGGCCGUCACGCCGGGCAAAGAAGACCAAGUUCACAGAGUUCUUCGGUGUUAUUAGCAGCGAUGAUGACGAAAAGCCAAAAAAGUCAGAUUCGAGUGACGAUGAGGUUGUUGUGCCUAGGUCGAGGCGCAGUGGGCUGAGAAAGCGACCAAAGUACACCAGUCUCCUAGAGAGCGAUUCCGAUACAAAUGCACGCUUGGGAACAAGGACGUCAACCCGGCCUCGCAAAGCUUUGAGGCGCAAUCUUCGUGAGAUGUAUGAGGAUGACAUUUCCGAAUAUGAAGCCGUGCUGUCGAAGCAUCAGAAAUACGUCGGCGCCAAAGAGAAGUUCGAGAAGAUCCCAUCAACUGACCCCUUUCGAAGCCGUCACCGAGACACCUGCGAAGUCUGCUCCGUUAAGGGCGAUCUGCCUGACAAGGGACCACUGGUUUUCUGUCAGGGUUGCACUGAUGCCUAUCACCAGGCUUGCUUAGGCCCACGGACAGCGCGCGAACAUCUUGUUACGAAAGUUGCAAGCGAUAAAUUCAUUCUCCAGUGCCGUCGCUGUCUAGGGUCCGCACAUUCGAAGGAACCCAAAUUUCCCCAUCAAGGAAAAUGUGCUGGGUGCAACAAGAGAGGGAAAAUGUCAGAACCACUAAGACAACGCUUAACAUCCAAACAAGAACAGCAGCUAAGGCAGGAGAACGGAGGUGAAGAUCCCAUCACAGCAGUUGGAUCGUACCUCAUCAACAACCCGGAAAACUUGCUUUUCCGUUGCAAAGCCUGCCAUAGAUCUUUCCACUUCGACCAUCUUCCCGGUUCAGGCAUAUCCUCCAAAUGGCAAUGCCAUGACUGUAAUUCGUUGCCCGGGGAGGUAAAUGCCAUGGUCGCCUGGCGGCCAACAAGUACCGCCUCCAAGACAUCGCCAAAGACAUCUGAACUGGAUAAGGAGUACCUCAUAAAAUGGAAAGGGAAGUCUUACGCACACUGCACUUGGAUGCCCGGCAGCUGGGUUUGGGGCUAUAUCAAUCCAAUGAUGCGACGCGCGUUCUUAAGAUCAGACAAAAGCCAGCUUCCGCGGAUGACCACAGAGGAGGCCAUUCCGGACGAAUACCUGCGUGUCGAUAUCGUUUUUGAUGUAAAGUUCUCCGAUGAUGACCUUCACAUGUACGGUGAGGAUUAUGACGAGGAUCUUGAGCGCGUGGACAAUGUUUCCCAAGCCUAUGUGAAGUUCAAAGGAUUACCCUACGAGGACGCGGUGUGGGAAGCGCCACCAGACCGUAGCAACACUGAAGCUUGGAACGAUUUCGAAGCUGCAUAUGCAGACUGGGCUAAAAAGCCAUUCAUUAGCACGCCAAAUCAGAGCUCGCUACAGAAGCAUCUUGCCAAUGUCAGGAAGCAAAAGUUCAAGUCAAAGGAUGCCCAGCCUAAGAACAUGACUGGCGGAGAAAUCAUGGACUACCAGCGAGACGGUUUGAACUGGCUUUACUUCAGAUGGUUCAAACAGCAAAACGCCAUCCUUGCUGACGAGAUGGGUCUUGGUAAGACCAUUCAAGUAAUUGGCUUGCUAGCUACACUCGUGCAAGAUCAUAAGUGCUGGCCGUUCCUCAUAGUUGUACCGAACUCAACAUGCCCGAAUUGGAGAAAGGAACUUAAGACCUGGGUCCCUUCUCUCCGUUCAGUCACCUACUAUGGCUCAUCUUUGGCGCGCAAGCUUGCACAAGAACACGAAAUGUUCAUCAGGGGUGACCGUGACCUCAAAUGUCAUGUUGUCAUAACCUCGUAUGAGACCAUGGUGGACGAUUCUUCUCGAAAGAUCUUAUCGAGAGUACCUUGGGCCGGACUCAUUGUCGACGAAGGACAACGACUAAAAUCCGACAAAAGCCAAAUCUAUGAGGGAUUAUCCAAGAUGAAGUUCCCCUUCAAGGUACUGAUGACUGGUACUCCUUUGCAAAACAACACAAAGGAACUUUUUAACCUUCUGCAAUUCUGUGAUCGGUCUAAAAAUGCAGAAGAAUUGGAGGAGAAAUAUGGGACGUUGUCAAAGGAGAAUAUUCCAGAACUUCAUGAAUUGAUCAGACCGUUCUUCCUCCGCCGUACCAAGGCCCAAGUCCUUACUUUUCUUCCUCCGAUUGCUCAGAUCAUUGUUCCCGCCACCAUGUCGGUUCUCCAGAAGAAGCUUUACAAGUCUAUCCUUGCAAAGAAUACUCAGCUUAUCCAAGCUAUCUUCCAAAGGACUGAUGAGGAGGAUCAGCCCUUGAAACAAACCGAGCGCCACAACCUGAACAAUAUACUGAUGCAGCUGCGGAAGUGCUUGUGUCACCCUUUCAUUUACAGCAAAGCGAUUGAAGAGCGAACCGAUGACCCUGACGUAGCCCAUCGCAACCUUGUGGAUGCUGCCGGGAAACUUCAAUUGCUGGAGCUAAUGUUACCGAAGCUUCAAUCUCGCGGUCAUCGAGUCCUGAUUUUCAGUCAGUUCCUUGAAAAUCUGGAUGUCAUGGAAGACUUUCUUGAUGGGUUAGGUCUUCCGCAUCGUCGUCUUGACGGUAGAAUGACUUCGCUUGAGAAACAGAAGAUGAUUGACGACUACAAUGCCGAAAACUCUCCAUACUUCGCCUUUCUUCUUUCGACCAGGUCUGGCGGUGUGGGUAUCAACCUUGCUACUGCAGACACAGUCAUCAUCAUGGACCCCGACUUCAACCCUCAUCAAGACAUGCAGGCAUUAUCGCGUGCCCAUCGUAUUGGGCAAAAGAAUAAAGUUCUCGUGUUCCAGCUUAUGGUACGAGGGAGCGUUGAGGAAAAGAUUAUGCAGAUUGGCAAGAAGAAGAUGGUGCUCGAUCACGUUCUUAUUGAUCGAAUGGCUGCGGAAGAUGAUGAUGGCAAGGACCUGGAGUCCAUUCUUCGUCACGGAGCCAAAGCAUUGUUUGAUGAUGAUGACUCUGGAGAUGUUGUUUACACGUCCGAAUCGGUGGACAAGCUUCUCGAUCGCAGCCAAGCGGAGCAGGCCAGGACUCCAGAUGCGAAUGCUUCUGCUUCUGAAUUUAGCUAUGCUCGAGUUUGGGCGAACGAUGGCCUGGAAGAUCAGCUCAACGUCACCGAAGACGAUCCAACGAUGAACAAUCAUACUUGGGAGAAAAUCCUUCAAGAGCGUGAACGGGCUGCAGCCGACGAAGCAAGAAAGAAGGCAGAAAUCCUUGGUCGCGGUAAAAGGAAGCGUGUCAACGUUGACUACUCGGCCGCUGAUGCCGAUCCGUCACCUGCCAAACAGCGUGCGAGCCGAGAUGCUGAGAGCGAUGCUGAAUUCCGUGCAGAUGAAGCCGAAGCGGCGUCCGAUUACAGCAUGGAAGAUGCUGUUAGUGACUAUGAAAUCGCUGCUAUCAGACCCAAAGUUCAAAGUUUCGAGCGAGUUAUACCUCCUCCGCAGCUCGUCCAACCUCCACAACCCGCCCAACCCACCCAAACAAAGCCCAAUGGUGUGGGGAUGGAUGGCCAUGUGGAUCUAAAGGCGAAUGAUUGCUAUGUCUGCGGCCGGACGCAUCCAGUCGGUUCUUGUCCACUGAAAGUUGCUGGGGUUGAGCAUUGCGGUCUCUGUGGGCUUGCUCAUUAUGGACAGGCUCGCACUUGCCCGCAUUUGAGAUCUGACGUUCAGGUGUCAAGGAUGGUAGAGGCCCUGAAGCAGAGCAACGAAGACCGACAUCUCAUUGCUCUCGCCAAGAAGUAUGUCUAUGGUAUCAAGGGUGACCUCGCACAGCGUGAGAGGAGAAAGACCGGGAAGAUUCCUGCGCGAUCUUACGGAGGCACUGCCACAGCUUCGCCAAACGCAGCGACAGCUUCGACCUCAACAGCUCCUCAGUCGGCUAGUGUCCCUCCCGCUAGACAGCCGGUUAUAGACCUUACGGGGUAUCCCAACGGGCAUAGCAAUGGGCAACCGGCUUCAUCAGGCCCUGGCGGUUCCGGCGGCUCCGGCGGCUCAAACGACAUCGAGAUGUACAGCGCUUUGAGUAAUUACCUAUCGGGGAGGAAGUGA